UAACACCGCGAUAAUUGCCCCCUCCUUCUUUCGAACCUCCACAUUCGUCCUCCACGUUUUCCCUCUCCAAGAAUCGGUCGACGUGCCAUCGUUACGUUUAAUAGAUCUGCUGGCCUGUCUUCGCAGAUUCAAUUUCGUAUCGGCAAACGUGACAGGAAGGAAGAGAUCAACCAUCAUCGUUCGGCCAAACGAAUUAUUCUUGGGGGAGAGAAAGAGAGAGAGAGAGAGAAAGAGAUAUGAAAAAAUUCGAUUCUCUGAUCUGAUUCGAUCGCCUUUGGUUCAAUCGUUAUAUUUCCAAGUGUUAUAUUAUAAAGGAUUAAAUAUUUUCAAGCAAAUUCGAUUUUGUUGUAUGGAACAGGUGAUGUUCGUUUGAUUAUUGGGAAGAUAUAUUGAAUAUAUUAAGAGAGGAUUGAGAAUUAAAGAAAAUAUUUGUCGAGUGACAAUACGGUUUCUCUGAUGGAUUAAUUUGGAAAGAUAUUUGUUUAUAUAUAUAUAUAUAUUUGAAAGGAACGAAACGAAUUCAAAGAUGGAAGAGGUGGAUAUACAACAGGAAUCAAGAGAUCAAGUAGGGAACUUGAUCUUUUCUCCGCCACCGAUGAAAAAAUCUGACACGAGGGACAGUAUUUCCUCUGUGGACAGUGACGUGAGCCUUUCCUUCGAUCGAAGAGGUUCGAAGGGAGAAGAGGCUGAUCUAUCAGACAGUGGAAGUUCCGACAAUGAGAAGAAAAUGAAAGAUACAUCGUUGUUGCAACGAAAGAAUAGUGAUCCAGAUUCUGGAGCAGAUUCGUUGGAAGAGGUGAGCUUUAAAGAUUCGAAGAGCGAAGAAAUAUCGGAAGUAAGUAUAGGUACCCAAGCGGAUGAUUUCGUUCCUCCGACCGAUGAAUUGGCCGAGAAGAUUUGUGCCCAGGUAGAGUUCUAUUUCUCCGACGAGAAUAUCGUGAAAGACGCUUUCUUGCUGAAACACGUGAAAAGGAACAAAGAAGGAUACGUGUCACUGAAGCUUAUAUCGAGUUUUAAAAGGGUGAAACAUUUAAGCAGAGAUUGGAGAGUCGUAGGUGCUGCUCUGGCGAAAUCGAGGAAACUUCAAGUGAAUCCGCAGGGUAGCAAGUUACGUAGAGUCGAUCCUUUGCCUCCUUUCGAUCAAACUACACCGUCGAGAACGAUCCUAGCCGCGAGACUUCCAGUGGAGAAAUUGUCGGUUGAAUCUGUCGCUGAAAUCUUCAGGCCAUGCGGAGAGAUUGCUCUUAUCAGAGUACUUCGACCUGGCCAUCCUGCACCAGCCGAGGUGCGUCAAGCAAUCGCUAAGAGGCCAGAGUUAGCAUCGAGCGAGGAGUGCGCCAUGGUCGAGUUCACGGAUUCAGCGUCCGCUCGUAUCGCCUUACAAAUGAUCUUGGGCGAUGCCAAGGUGUUCGAACUGCAACAAUCCAGUGACAAAAAAAGGAAACAGCAACCAGCGAAGAAAAGUGCCCUUACGAGGUUGACCAAAGAGGAAGUUUACAACUCCUCGAGUUGCGCUAGCGGAUCCGAACCAGAAGAUGGAAAAGUCAGACACAAGAAGCCUAUUCAUGGUUAUCCAAUGUAUCACGCUUAUCCUGCCCAUCCAUUCCAAGGACCUCCAUCACCAGAUGCAUGGUUAUCUCGUCGAUUGUCCACUUGUUCGAUCUCGGGCUCAGAGAAUGGUUUUAUUCUUCGUCGUUUGUCCUCUUGUUCUGGUUCCGGUUCAGAGGUAGGAAGUUUCGGCAGACGUUACUCUGCUUGCUCUUCCGGCUCUGAGACCGGUUACUGUCAUCCAGUUUUCCCGCCAAAUUACUAUUAUCAAGAGAAUCGGCGUUUUUCUUGCUGCUCGAGUUCCGGUUCUGAAUGCAGUAGUGCUUGUUAUCAUUCUAGUCGCCGUGGGUCUGCGGAUUACAGCCCAUUUUUGAGAAGAUUAUCUGCUUGCAGCCGAGAUUCUACUUUCGAUUCAAGUUCCAGAAGAUUGUCUCUAUGCUCGUCUGGUUCUGAGCAGGGAGGUUAUUGUCGACCGAGGAGCAAUAGUGGUAUAGCGUUGACACAUUUACCAGAAAACGUGACGAGAAUGCCAUCUGGACCUGAUGGAACGCGUGGAUUUGGCCGACCUAUGAAAAUGAAUAUUAUGUCACCAACUAUGGAACCCACUUGUUAGAAAUAUCAAUUACUUUUAAGAAUAUUUUUCAUCGUGAAUAGACUGGUUAUGUUUAUCGAUUUCUCUGUUCUGUUUGUUGAAUGGUCAAUUCUCUGUUAUUCCAAAUAGAUUAAAAAAGAAGAAACAAAAAAAAAAAAAAAAGAAUAAUUUUAAAGAUUUAUAUAUUUAUACGAAAGAUUUUUGGAGAAUAAUCGAGAUAUUUGCUCGAAAUUAAAUAAGAUAAUAUACUCAAUUAUAUACAUAUAAUUACACUUACAAGUGUAAUUAUUGAUUCGGUAUACUUGGCUUUAGAAAUUGUAUAUAUGCUAUUUUAAUAAUCUUGUUACAAAAGUAAUCGUUUAAAGCAAAUUAAAUUUUAUACAACAAUAAUUAUUCUUCUUAGAAAUAUUAUACUUUUUGGAAUUUUUAUUUUUAUUUAAUUUUUCGAAAUAAUUUUGAAAAUGUUUAAUAUUUUGGCUAUACAUAAUCGCCGAAAAUGAAUGUAUUUAAAAGGAUACUUAUAGGAUCUUAUUUAUCUAUUUUAAUUAUAUAAUAUUUAAUACGUGAUUUAUGCAUAGAAAAAAAUGUAAAUAAUAAUAUUGUAAUAAUAAUAGUAAUAAUAUGAUGUAAGCGUCGAAUUUAUCCUAAAUAUGUAAACAAUGGUUUAUAAAAAGGUUCGAUGAUGAGGUUCUGUGAUAUUAU